AUGAGGUUCAAUAAACAGGAAUUGUUGACAUUAGCAACUCAGCCAUCUCAGGAAUUUGACAAGGAAGGGAUUCUUUAUCUUCGAGAGAGGCAGGAUGGUUUUUUCAGACGCACAGAAAGAAGAGACAGCAAAAGAGGGAAAAAGUCUAAGAGCAUCAGGGAGCUGAGCUGCUAUAGCGGAACAAGCAAAGUCAGCCUAGAGAGAUGGUGUCGUCUACGAGGAAAUCUCCUUUUUUAUUUCAAAUCGAGGGACCAAUGGUCGGAGCCUAUUGGUGUGGUAGUUCUCGAGCAGUGUACCAUAAAGCUAGAUCCUCCUGCGCAGGAAGGUCCUUAUGGAUUUACGUUAGUGUAUGAUGGAGGAUUCGACCAACACUUAGCUGCAAACUCAGAGACAGAACGGGACUCAUGGCUUGAUACGAUUCAGCUAGUCAGUUACAAUAAGAUGCGAGCCAAGAUGCAGGAGCUUCAGGAGCGGUUAGAGACAAAAAGAGGUCAUGACCCCGACCUUGAUGUUCAUAUGUGGCGUUUACGAAGAGGGAAUACUAUUGACCCUAGUGAGUUACCAGUUUGUGAAAUAUCAUUGGCUUGUGACAAUCUCCUUUGCGACGGUAAUGGUCGCCCACCCAAUCCUGGGCUGGCUGUACACGUCUUCAUACCGUCAGCUGCACUUUGGUUGAAAUAUGCUAAUACUGAAAUAAUUCAGAGGAGUAGUAAUCCUAGUUUCCUUAGUACCAUCAGUUUCAGGAGUAGUGAUGGACUUAAUGGUGAAACAAAGAUAAAGUUUACAGCAUUCGAUGUCAGGGAGACAGUGUCUCAAACAGCAACUCCUAUAGGAAGUGCUUGUGUCACUCUAUCUUCUCUUCAGGAAACAGACAGACUGAGGAUACCUCUAAAGGGAAACAACAAUACAACGGUGGGCUUCCUCAGCGUCCAUGUGUGGUCUCUGGAGCGGGAAGACAGUAAUGCAAGUACUGAGAGCACGCCACUUAGAACUGUAUCCCACCAUGACUCUCUGGUCUACUGCCAUCGUAGAUCUCAGUCUCUUCCUCCAAGACUUGGCUGUAAAUUGAAGCUACCUAGGCAGGGAGCAUUUAAACAUGUAUUUGGAAACACAACAGUUCAGACGUAUCGGUUCCAUUCAGGCCUUGGUGGUGAUAUAAGUGUGCAUGAGGUUAUGGCGGAGAGCAUGUUAUGUUUCCAACUUCCGCAGCAGCUUCUCGGACUCUGGAUUAAUGAAGAAAAAGAGCUCCUGCAAGAGGUGUCUGGAAUGGGUGAACUUGUUGAACCGUGGCAUUCACUUCAGGUCGAACUCCUCGACAGGCACCUUCACCUGCUUCAUCUUUAUUCUCAAGCUAAAGAAAACCUUCAAGCUCAUAAAGGUAGUUUUUUCAAACCUUCUUCUCGUAAAUUUGACAGAUCAUUAGAAUUCGCUCCUGUUAAUCUUCAUCUCCAGAGGAUGUGGGUUCAAAAUGAUACUCUGAAGAAAUGUGGUUUUUAUGACAUCAUAACAGUGGGAGCUUUCACUGCUCAUUCUCACAAAUCAAAAAAUGGUGGUUUGAUAAAAUUGUUGCAGCAAGUGAAGGAGUCUCCUAUCAAGAACAAAAGUGAGAACCCUGUUAUUGAUAAGAUAUCAAUGGCUCAUGACGCCAUCCAGGCCAUCAAGCAGUUGAGGAGAGAAGUCGUUGAUGGUAUGAAGUCUUUAAUGAAGCUGGCCAAGGAAAAGAAAACUAUAGGCAUGCUUCCAAUCUGUGACGAUAUGGUCGCCAAAACAAGAACCCUGCUGACCCUCUGGGAUCCUGGAUUGGUCGAGGAGGCUCUGAAGUUCAUUGAAGAGCAUAAGGUUAGCCGAACAGAGGGAACGCCCUCUCCGUUCAAGAGGAUAACCCAGCAGUUGCGUUUUACUGGUUCUCCUGACAGCCCUAGCCAGGAGGGUUUCCUCACAUUUCCUGAUGAAUCAUCUACCCCCAUUGAUGAGAACUACAAUCUUGAGCAAAGCAUCAAGAAAUCUGAAGAACAUAGUCAAGAGAAUGGAGAAGUUGAAGAAAAGAAGAAAGAUCCUGGAUUGUGGUUGGAUACCCAUGCUAUGUGUAGCUCACCAUCGGCCAACUAUUAUCGGCCCACGGAGGAGCCGGAGCCCUGGGAUCUGACCCAAUUGAACAUCGAAGCCUCUGUCAUGUGCCUCGUUAGCAAGGUCAAGUUCCUCUGUGGUCGCUGCAGCUCGCCUGCUGUUAGGCUCAGAAAUACACAAAAGAGUAUCGGACGAUCCCAGAGCUUCAGAAGUGAACUUUGCUCUCCGCAAGUACCAGCUUCUGAUGGUUCUGAACAGGUACAAAAGGAACAGAAUGAUAAUACAUCAUUAAAAACUAAUGGUGAAGUCACAAAUGUGCCUCCGAAACCUCCUCCUAGGAACAAAUUUACUGAAGGUCUAGAAUUAGCUAACAUGAGCGAUUGGAGUCGUGAACUGCGACCAAGCAUGAAGAAACUACGCCAAGCCAUGGAUGGACUCUUGAAGACAGCUCGGCUGACGCAUAGUGUUUUCAGGCUGCAGGAGGAUAAACGAUCUGCCCAGAGGUCUUGUAAUGUUCGCUAUCGGAGGCAUGUUUGCUUUUCUCAUGCUCUGACAUCCCUGGUGACGGGACUGAUGGCACGGCUGUGGUGUCAAAAAGCAGACACAAUGUUCCUCCACGUGCUGACUACAGUUGGUCCGCUGGCCUAUUUUGAAGGUCUCCUUAGUUACUAUGGUGAUGAAAUCGACAUGUGGGGAGACAUGGCUGUUGCAAUCGAGGACCUGAAAACUGUCACAUUCACAUUGGUCCAUUCAUCGCCAAAUUCAAAAGGAGGAAGUUAUAGCCCACGAGUAAUCGGACCACGUUGUUCACUUCAAGUCCAAAUCCCAGCUCCAGACUCGGUACUUUCUUUGCUCCCGCUGUCAGCUGGGACUUCUUUCCAUGUGACUCCAGUCUUCUUCAAUGUGGGUAUUAACGAAGAAGCAACACUUGCUGAAAACCUAGGCACGGCUAAACCUCAGGAGCGGAGCAAUGCUGACAAUUUUCUUCUACUCAAUGAUUAUUUCCACAGGUUCAGGAAGAUAGGGAUACCAUCAGUAUGCACCACCGUUAGAGGUAUCUCUGAUGAUAAGCCUCAAGAAGGCUUGAAACCUCAGGAAGGAUCUGCAAGAGGGAGGCAUCAUUCGUUGAAUGAUCUGAUUGGCCAAUUGAAAUAUGAAGUAUCUUCUUCCAAGUCAAAGAAUGUGAAUAUACUCCAGUUAGCUGGACACAUCUGUCGUAGAAUGAAAGGCCUGCGGUUCACAAGUUGUAAAAGUGCCAAGGAUAGAACUGGAAUGUCUGUCACACUGGAGCAAGUGAAUAUUCUCUCAAUGGAGUACGACUUAGCAGAACAUGAAUAUCAAAAAGCUUUAGACUGCAUGAGAAGUGAAGGAACGAGACGAGAGAACACAUAUAAAAACACAGGACUUAGGAAGUAUGCCUUCAAUAGUCUCCAGAUAUUGACUUUGCCCAAAAUGUACCGACCUCCUGCGGGGACAUUUGGCUCUGCACAAACUUGAGGGCAAAGCAAUUGUGGACAUUUAGGUCCGAAGGUUAUUGUUGAACUCUAUCAGCAUCAAUUGACCUGGAAAGUUAAUAACAUUUUAAAAGUAUAUUGUUUUGUGAAUAUAUUUUAUUUCGAUGUUAUAAAAAUCAGUUGGGUGUAUAACCAAA